UCACGUCAAGAAGCGUCGGAGCGUCGGAGGCUCAAGCGCAAGGACGAGCGUUUCUCAGACACUACCUGCUUCGCCUGCAGAGAGAAGGGACAUACUGCCAGGGACUGCACGCGGACAGUGUCUGGGGGCGGCGAAGGCGGCGAUACUCAAGGCGAAGCGGGA